UUCCCGGCUCUGACACCAGCAUGCUGGGCAGCCUUGGGCGAAUCACUCUGUCAUCCUCCCCUCUGUAAACAGCGCCUUCGCCUCCUGCUUGUCGGGAAUGGCUGAGCUGCUGCUGCCGCUGCGGCAGUCUGAGGCACCCGGCUAACCUCCAGCCGCAGCAGAGGCACCACGGCCCGCACCCGGCUACCAUGAGCUACCCCCAUGAGCUGCCCUCAGCUGGCUGCCACGUCUGAAAAAGGAGGGGAAGCCCUCUUAAACAGACUUUUGCCUUUGCACCCCAAAGCACAGCCUUGGCCCAGGCCCGCUUCUCCUCCAAGAGCUGUGGUCAGGGACCUCUGUGCCCAGCACGCCCGCAGGCGGCCGCCCGCUCUCCCCGCGGACGGGGCCCCGCACGGCGCUGGCAGAGAGGUGAGCCGGCGAGGGGCAGCCGCAGCCCCAUGGGGCCAGGGGAGCGCCGGGGGCCGGCGCAGGGCGGCGCGGCCGCCCCACCCGUCGGGGCGGGCUCGGGCAGGCCAGGUGAGGCGGUCCCGGCUCUGCCUCUCCCUCCUUCCGCAGCCUCCCGGCGCCGCGGGUGCCGGCAGCAUGGCGGAGUCCCAGGUGGUCCUGCUGGACGAGUCGCACGUCAACGAGAAGGUGACAGAGACCCAGGCCCGGUUCUACUACAGCGAGGAGCAGCGCCUGGCCUUGGAGGUGCUGGUUUCCCGCGGCGAGGCGGCCUACCGGGAGGCGCUGAGGAAGGAGCAGCUCCGUGACUUUCUCUCCAGUCAGGAGCUGCAGGCCCUGCGGGGCAGCUGGCGAGGGUACGACGACCCCCGGGAGGGCGGCAAGGUGGUGCGGGGUCCCGGCGGUGAGACUCUGUCGCUAGCCUACUGGCCCGAGUGCUCAGACACGGAGGUGCCCCCAUUGGACUUGGGCUGGACCGACAAGACCUUCUACCGGGGCAUCAGCCGUGUGGCCCUCUUCACGCACCCCCGCAAGGAGAACGCUCCCCACCUGAAGGAGGUGGUGCGGGAGAUGAUCCAGCAGGCGCAGAAGAUUAUUGCAGUGGUCAUGGAUGUGUUUACAGACCGAGAUAUCUUCCGUGAUAUUGUUGAUGCAGCAUACAAGCGCUGGAUUCCAGUCUAUAUUAUCUUAGAUGAGGAAGCUGUGAAGCUCUUCCUGGAAAUGUGCAGAUGUCUUGACCUCAGUGACUUGCAGAUCCGGAAUAUCCGGAUACGUUCCGUGACAGGAGUUGGGUUCUACAUGCCAGCAGGGAAGAUCAGAGGUACACUGGCAUCCCGAUUCCUGAUGGUGGAUGGUGAGAAGGUGGCCACUGGAUCAUACAGCUUCACAUGGAGUUCAUCCCACAUUGACAGAAACAUCCUGCUAGUCCUGACCGGACAGCAUGUGGAGAUGUUCGACAUUGAGUUUCGUGAGCUCUAUGCAAUCUCAGAGGAGGUUAAUUUCUACAAGGAACUGGGCAUUGCCAACCCAAUCCUUGGAAUUGGGAAGCCAGGCCUCCAUUCCUCUACUGUUGCUCGGAAGUUUAUUAACCCCAAGUAUGGUUUAGUGGCAGGGGCAACUCGUGGCGAAAUGAUGCUCUGGGCUUCACGGCACAGGCAGGAUCAUCAGGGGAACACGGAAAAGGAGGAAACAAGUGAGUCCAAGAAGAGAUUAAAUAAGUUUCUGAAUGACUUAGUCACAUUGGAGCAAGAGUUCCCAGAAAUUGACCCACCUCUGGAGAACUUCAACAAGCUGAAUCGCAGCCCUCAGAAACUGUUCUCCCGGCUCCACAUGGACCUGAGAAAUAAGUCCAAAUCCAGAGAGUCUAUUCGUGACGUGAAGAAAGAAGAGGCACAGGCCAGUGCCAAGCAGGGAAAACGCUUUGCCAGUGGCCUUUUCAGUCGCAAGGCCAAACGAUCUCCGGGCUCAAGCAUUGAGGCCAAUUCUUUUGCCAGUGAAGGACAUUCAGGAGAAGACCUUGGGAACAUGAAACUGGAAUAUGAGCAGCUCAGCACUGGCCAUGCCAGUGUAAGGAGCACUGGAGGCAUCCCAGGUAACCUGGGUCCAAACUCCACUAUGAGCGAUAAAACCAAACAAUCUGCCUGUGUGUUAUCUUGAUUGGGAAGGAUCAUCUGGAGAACUGAGCAAGCUGGAACACAACCUCUUGAUUGAUUUUUGAACUUACAGCCAUGUCCUCAUGCAGUGGUCUGUAAAGCCCCUGCACAGUCCUGGAUGCACCUAGCACCCCCAGUUAAGGCACAUUUACUGGGCAAAGUGCAGACUUUGGAUGGUUGGUCCCUUAAGUGGGGGUUACUGAUGAAUGUAUUAGUCCAUAUACCUAUGUGCACACAUUUUAUAUGUAAAAACAACUGUGAUGACUGGUCUCAGAGUUUGCUCUGUGCCCAGAUAAAAGCAGGAGAUUUUCUGACUUACUUGUGCUGCUACUUCAGUCUGUCUAGCUACAGACUCAGAAUCACCGUGUUGCAUUGUUUACUCUACUGCACUGCAGAAAUGUAUUGGACUGACUGGCUGGAAGGCUAAAUCAAAUCAAAGUGGCAAAUUCUGGGUAAAAUAAGAAUGUUUACAGACAGUGUAGCAAUCUUGUCUCCACAAGGCGUGUUCCUGGAGAUUCCUGUUGUCUUGUAUUGACACAGAAAAGAGAGGUCUGGGAGAAGGGUUUAGCUAGCAGAGGCCAAUAGAUUAGUAUCUUAACUGUUAUGUGCCCUAAAUAAAGCAGUCGAACAAAUUGAUUUAGCAAGAAUGCAGUAAAGUGAAAAAGUUGGAUAUAGGGGCACCUUUAACUUGCAGAUGAGACUGGGUCAGGAGAAAUGGCAUAUGAGAGGGACCAGGCAGGUUCUGGGAAUAAUAAUGCAGCUUUUGGUGGCUAACUAAAAAAAUCCUGGAUUAUUGCUAAUUCAGCAAUGGAAACUGAGUGAUUAAGGAGCACAUCUUAGAGGGUUGAAAGAAGCAGCAGAGGAAGCAUACAAGCUUUUCAAGUGUUCCCUUUUUUUUUUUUUAAUUGUUGUUAAAUUAACCUCUCCAAACUCUAAAUGAUGCCAAAAUUCAGAGCUUUGAUCCAUAAGAAGCACUGGACGCAAUCAGACCAAAGGCCAUCUACUCUGCUAUCCUGUCUCUGAGGAUAGCCAAUAACAGGUGAUCACAGAAGCAUAAAAUAUAAAGCUUGUAUCCAGAGGUCUUUCUCUGACACUGUUCCAGCAGUCUAUGGACUUUCUGAACUGGCAGUUCCUUCUGGGCCUGGCCUUAAUGAGUGCACUUAGUACCUUUUUAAAAAUCCUUUUCUGCUUUUGGCCCUCACAGUGUUCUGUGGCAGUGAACCCUGAGUUCAUUGUGUGGUAUAAAAAAGAACUGGUGUCAGGCUGGUUCAGUCAUUUUCUUGACAGUUCUUCCACUGUCACAUGUAGCUAUGACCACCCCUACUCCUCAUAUCCUUGCCACUUGAGAUUUCACAGACCUGCGUCCUCAGUCAUCACUUUUUCCAAGUUGCAGGCUCAUGGAAUACAUAGCUAUUUAUUAUAUGGGACCUGUUUGACACCCCUGUCCUCUUGUUCACUGGCCCUUUUCCAGCUCCCCUCAUUAACAGAGUGGAGAAGCAGGUUGGUUUUGUUUCUUGAGUGUGCAGAUUGAUGUUUCACUCUGCUUUCUUGCCAUCUAGAUGACAUACUCCAUUGCCAUAUAUAAGCCUUCUUGUGAUACCUCGGAAAAAGGCAUCCUAAUUGUAAGUAGAUGCCUGAGAACUAGCAGACCUACCUGCCCAAAAACUAGAUAGACAUCAGAAAACACACAAGUUUCAUUUUCUUUCUUUUUCUUCACAGAAAAUAUUUGGCUUUUCACUGCACAAGGGAAGGCAACUGCUGCACUCUCAGUGCAGAACAAGCUGUUCAAAAGACUUUUCUAGGUGCUGGGCUGCAGCAGUGCUUGUCACACUAAAACAGUUGUCUGUAGUUGAUGAUAAAAUCACACACAGAGAAUCACUAUGGUUGGAGAAGACCUCUGAGAUCAUCAAGUCCAACCAUUAUCUAACUCUACCAGGGUCACUACUAUACCAUAUCCUUGAGCACCAUAUCUAAAUGGCUUUUAAGUGCAUUCAGGACUGGCCAUUCAGCUGCUUCUCUGGGCAGCCUGUUUUACUGACUGAUUAAUUUUUAAUUCUGGAAGUGUAUUUAACUUACAGCAAACCUGUUUUAGCUUGAGUUCACCCUGUAAAAUGUCCUCAGACCCUACAACACCAAAGGUACUGUGCCCUCUGCUAAGUAUACUCAUCCUUGCUCAGUGGGUUAAAUGCCUGCUACUCUAUAUAGCUAUAGUAUAAACCACCUGGGAACAACCUGUAGCUUUCCAGCUGAGUCUGCCAGCUCCUGUUACCAGCAGUGUCUUAUAAAAUCAUUUCUGGUAGUGGGAGAAAAUAGGUGUUGGAAAUGACACCAUCACUUGGACUAGAGGUAACUUAAGCAUGAGUUUAGCCCAUUGGCUUCAGGUGUACAGCUCAUGUGCCAAAAGAUACUCCCUGUAUGUUUGUAGGGUGGUCUAAAAUACCUUCAUUUUACUACAGUUCUGUUAUUCUCCUGACAUUUGGGAGAUUUUUUUUCCUCAUAUUUAUUUUACUUUGUGAGCAGAGAUUAGAGGUUAAUGUAUCAGACCAACGUUGUUCCACUUUUCACUCUGAUAAGAACAUUGUCAUCUGGGUCUUCCUUGUUCUCCCAGAGUUUUAAGAUAUUUAUUUAUUUUUUAAUUGUGCAAUAGGCUAAUUAACUAAUUAGUACCAUGUUGAGAUAUAUAUAUAUAUAUGGUCAGGUUUUCCAGGAAGUCCUCUAUCUCUUUGUUUUCAUGUUGCUUCAUCUUGGGUGGAACACCUUCAUAAGUCAGAGGCUGAUUUCACUUGCCCUUCUGUGCUUACUUAUUAACCUGCUUUACUUUCUCUUUCCUGUGACAGAUGUGAGAGCACUUUUCUUUAACCUUGUCAACUAACAGGAUCUAAUUUCCAGAGAGGAUCUCUCAUUUGUUUGUCUUCUGUUUUGUUGCCACAGCAGUUCAUGAAAGUUCACUUGUUUUCAAACUCCCUCCCUCAUUGCAGAGUUCGAGCCUCAUGUUUUGACUCCAGGGGCUAGUAGAAUUCCUUAGGGUUAUCACAUGCUGUUUAAUUACCUAAUUUGAGAGACCAAAGUUGCUUUCUCGCAUGAUCUGAAUCUGCUUCUUAAACUCACCGUGACUCUAUGGGGAUGCAUCUAGCCUUGCUUACCCAGAGUUGAUGUUUAAGACUCUGGUGGAACUUGUUCUUCUCUGAAGAUAAAAUCAGCUGAACAUGGACUAUUUGGCUGCUCCUAUGGCAACAGAUGUGAGUCUGGGUGAGGUGACUGCAUUUAUUUUUACUAGUUUUGCUAAUUGUGGUUCUUGAUGAGUGCUAGAAACCUGAGGCUGUGACCUGUAAAAUGACUAUCACUCUCCAGAUAAAAUGUGGUUGGUGGUGCUGGGAGGCAGAGGGGCAUGGAGCAGUGGUUAUGAAUUCUGUUAGAAGCCUGCUAGCGGAAGCUGAAGGUACAGCAGGACCUACAGCAGCCUUCAAGUCGGCUGCCACCUCUUGCAGCCAAGUCACUAACCCCCAAAGGGCAUGGGGAAAAUGGGAGACUUUUGUUGUUCUCUUGCUGCUUUAAAGAACAAGAUUAGCUUUCUUUGGCCUGACCCUGGACAAUCUCAAGAGGAUGCCUGUUCUCUGGAUCUCAUUUCCUUUUUUUUGGCUUGUUGGUCCGGGUUUCCUGGUCUGUGUGGAGCCUACACUUGUGGUCUUGGUUUUGGACAGAGUAACAAAGUAGGGGCUUAAGGCUUGGUCUUUCUAGCAUGAAAUGUGGAGUGGUUCUGAAUGAGCCUCUUGACUGGAUGCAUGCCUUCUGGGUUUCUUUUGGUGUGCAUUUGUAUAUUUAAUGUGUAUGUGUCCAAUGAAUUAUGCCAGAGACCUUUUCUAAGGCAAACAAAUAAACUCUUUACUAUAUUACAUUCA